GUCAUCAGUCUAAGAUAGAUUAAUAGGAAAUGUUAGCAAUCGAUUAACAUUAAUGAAAUAUAUUUAUAGCAUUUAAAAAUAUAGUCAAUAUUGUGAUAUCAAAUCUGAUAUUGAUAUCCUAGAAAUAUAAUUGUGUGUCGUCAAACCAGUAGAGACUAUUCACUCAUUGGUGAUUUCAAAAGUAUUUAAAUACUUCAAGCUAAUAAGGAAAAAGCUUUCAUUCAAUGACCAUGGAUUCAUUCUAAGCUGUGGACAUCCAGACAUUUGGUGGAGUUUAUAUAACAAUAAGUGACCCAAUGGAGAGUAUGCACGAUGACAGAAAGUCCCAAAUCAAGAAGAACAACUCUGGCAUUCUCAAUGACGACCUCGGCAGGGUGACGUCGCCGACAAACAGCUUCGAGCUGUCUCUAAGCGACAGCUUCCUGUCCCAGGCCAACAGCAUCGGGCCGCCCCCUCCAGGAGUGAACAGGCGAAGUACCACGUUGGAGAGCUUCAGGAGUGGCUCGUCCUCUCCGGCUUCUGACUCUGGUGGUCAAACCUCCAGAGCUAAUCAGAACUGGCGCAAACCUCGCCCUGCAAGUGAGAUCAAAGACAUGUCAGCGGACAGCUUCAGAACAUCGUUUCAGCAGAGCUCCCCAAAUAUAGGCACCCUAACAGGAGGCGGGACCCAUGGCGCUGUGCAGACGGCCGUAUAUAUGUCACAGAGGGGGCCCAAGCACAAGGUCAUCCCUUGCCCCACGUUCAAUGACAGCUACAACGAGAAACAACGUCUGCUGUCCAGCCCCAAGCAUUCCAUCUCGUUUCCGGUCCUGAAGAAGUUCGCCAUUUCCGGCUCGUCCUACAAAUCAAUGGUGUCGUCGGAUUUAGAAAAUAUGUUCAACUCGGUGAGCCAUAGAAAAAGUGACGGCAUGGUCUUCCAUACGAGUCAGACUCUCCCGCCAAGCGCUCUGGUGCAAAGUUCAUCGUUUCUAAAAUAUAUAGGGGACAGGUUAAAGCCCCCGAUGAAAAAGGGAUCCGACCUUUCUACCGUCUUGAGACGCUCCAUUGAGAGUAAUGGUCGAGGGACUGGUCAAAAACAAGACAAAGAGCCAGCUUCUUCAAGCAAAUUCCACACUGGCAAUCACAAUGAGCUUCAAGAGAACUGCAUCAAAGGAGGAUCCAAGGCUCUCCUCAUUCAAAAGGCUAGGAGCAAGAUCAUUAUGCUCAAAGUGUUGAAAGAAUUCAGGGGGCGCAACUCUACACGUCCCAUGGAAGAGGAAGCCAGACACAUGCAUGACACUGACGAGGGAACGCCAUCGGGACAAAAAGAGAAAGAGCUGACAAUUUCCCGGCCUCAACUAGAGAGAGAUGGCAGUGAUAGGUCAAUAGAACCGAUGGCCAUGGUGCCCUCCAGAAUGUCAAGGGAUAGAUCCAAAUGGAUUAUACUUCACUACUCCCCUUUUAAGGCUGUCUGGGAUUGGGUGAUACUUCUACUGGUACUGUACACUGCUGUCUUCACGCCCUACGCUGCUGCUUUUUUACUCAAAGAGGAUGAGAUCAGGAUGAAACUCAAUAUGGCGCCAGGGUCAAGGAACACCAACGCCGACACCAUACGCAUUGACCCGCUUGUCAUCGUGGACCUGAUGGUGGACCUGAUGUUCAUCGCAGACAUUCUCAUCAACUUCCGCACCACCUACGUAGAGAACGGGGAGGUGGUCAGCGACCAGCAGAAGAUCGCCAUCAACUACGUUAAAGGCUGGUUUGUCAUUGACGCCAUCGCAGCCAUCCCAUUUGAUCUGCUCCUCUUCGGCUCAGGCACGAGUGAUACCAUGACAGUCACGGGUGUUUUGAAGACAGCACGUUUGCUCCGCCUACUGCGUGUGAUUCGGCGAAUUGAAGCAUUCGCCGAAUACGGUUCGGCUGUGCUGCUGCUCCUCAUGGUCACCUUCACCUUGAUUGGUCAUUGGUUGGCGUGCAUAUUUUAUGCCAUAGCAACCAUGGAACGCCCUCAAUUGCACGCUCCGAUCAGUUGGCUGGACACGCUGGCUAACCAGACCGAGAUGUAUUUCUACCCCAACGACUCCAUGUCCGGCCCGCCCAUCAAGUCCAAGUACAUCACGGCCCUGUAUUUCACCUUCACCAGUUUGACCAGCAUCGGUUUUGGGAACAUCGCUCCGAACACCAACAUGGAGAAGAUCUUCUCUAUAUUCGCCAUGAUGCUCGGGUCCCUUCUGAGUGCCGCCAUCUUUGGUAACGUCUCGUCCAUCAUGCUGCGCGUGUACCAGGGCUCCGACGAGUACCACGAGAAGGUCCAGAGUGUCAAGGAGUUCGUCAACUUCCACCACAUCCCCAAGACGCUGGCCAGCAGGCUCCAGGAGUCCUUUCAGCAUACCUGGUCUUACACCAACGGCAUUGAUAUGAACAAUGUUCUCAAAGGUUUUCCAGAAUGUCUACAGGCUGACAUUUGUCUCCAUCUCAAUAGAAAUUUGUUACAGAAUUGUAACGCGUUCAAAGGAGCAAGUCCAGGAUGCCUUCGAGUAUUAUCGACUAAGUUUAAGUCUACGCACGCUCCACCUGGCGAUACACUGGUCCAUCCAGGUGACAUCCUGACAGCUCUCUACUUCAUCGCCAGAGGUUCUAUAGAGAUUCUCAAAGAUGAUACAGUCAUGGCGAUAUUAGGUAAGGACGACAUUUUCGGCGAGGACAUCAAAGAGAACAACUCACUCCAAGGUCAGUCCAUGUACUGUGUCCGGGCCCUGUCGUACUGUGACAUCAACAAGAUCGACCUCCUCGACCUCAGGGAGAUACUGCACACGUACCCGGAGUUUGAGGACUCGUUUCUCUCCAAAUUUCAAGUGACCUUUAACCUCAGGAAGGGAACUCUCUUGCAAAUAAGGGCUAAAAUGAAGAUGGACGAUGAGACGCUGAGGUUCAUCCGACAGCGAAGACCGAGGCUUCAGUGCAAGAGGCGUACGUUUGACAGUGAGAGCAGUCGGACGUCGGCAACGAGAAGACGUAUGGGAAGUGUCCAGGCGGGUUCAGAGGUCAGGAGGCCAUCCCGAGAUGCUCUGGAUCUGCUGUCAGACAAUGACGAGCCCAGAGUCGGGAUUGUGGAGCUGAGUGUUGAGAGGACCGCGGAGGACGACAGUCUUCUCAAGACAUCAGACAAAGAAGCAGUCAAAGAUCUAAGCGAGGUAACCGGGAAAAUACCGCCUGCUAAAACUAACUUCCAAGCAAUGAGUUCAGCUUCUUACUUGACCAAAUCUUCAGCUGGUGCAAGCGGGAGCCAGCCCAGGAAGCAACCGGCCAUGACCGCCGCUCAGAUUAUAGACAAACCCCCCUCGCUGUCGUCUCCGCAGGGGCCCAGUAGUAUGCAGUCCUACCAUGACAUCGACAACAAACUAGUGACUCUACACGAGAGAAUGCAAAACUUUGAAAGCGAACUCUGUACAACAGUGGAUGCAAUUCUGAAUAUACUUGGCCACAAACCUCGGAUGACCAAAGACGCUCUAGACCAAAUCGCCCCUGUCUCACCUGUUCGCAAAGGUCAAAGAUCGUUUCGAUCCCGGAGUUCAAAGUUGAAGUGCUCUUCAGAGUUUUGAUGUUGGCUAUUUUAUUAUUCGUUACUAUCAAACAGAGGAGGGGGGAAAAGACAAUUAUUUGUAAUCUAGAAAUAUAAAGCCAAUUGGUCUCUCAAACGGCUGGUUAUUUAUCUUUCGCAAUAACAAACUGUUCUCCUGUAUACAUUGUGUGGUUUUAUCAACCAAAUCUUAUAACAAUCAGUAUCAUGCCCUAUUUAUUACAAGUCAUACAAAUUGUAUUAUUUUUAGAAUGUUAUUGUAUUAUUUUUAGAAUGUAUUCUUAAGCGACGAAUAGAAUGUUAUAUUGUUAUGAUAUUAUAAGACGCUCUGCUAAAUCUAUUUAUAAUAUGAUGUUUUAUAUUGUGAUGUUAUAUGAGCAUAUUCACUAAGGAUGUUAUUCAUGUAAUUCAAGUUUACAAACCAUCUCUUUGGUAACUGUAGAUGUUUUAUACGCUAUACUUUCAAAUAAUGUUGCUUAGUUAAUUUCGUUGUUUUGGUUUUAUUUGGCAUUAUUAUUUAAAUAGUUAUUUUCAAUCUUUGCGUUGGCAUAAAUCUGCUACAACAUCAGUUGCAAAUAGCUCUUUUUUUUUUCAUUUUAAAACACCAAUUACAUUAAAUUUCAGCUAGUUUGACAAAGAUAAUAACAACUCACUCUGUCUGCCUGGUAAAAAGUUUGAAUACAUUAUUUCUCCCACACCCAUUCUCGGAUCAAGUUGAAACUUUGCACAAUUAUUUAUCAGCGAAGACAUUACACGAAUCAAUGAAAAAAGAUCAAUCAAUUAAUUACUGGUAAUUAAUUAAUUUGUUUGAUACCGACAAGGAAAAUUAAUUCUUCAGUAUUCAGAGAUAUGGCUAAAUAUGUGGAGUUCUUUCCCUUAGAUAAGCUGUUCAUUUUCAAAAGUAUUUUUCUAUUUUGCUUGUUCUCGCUCUUGCUAGUGAAUGUUAGCCCCGACGUAUUGUUGAGGUUCUCUACAGGGCUCUUACAAGGAUUGCUGUAAGAAUGGAUGUCUGGUCAGAAAGUAUCGUCAUAUGAAAUCGUAGUGACAUAGCUGAGGUGCGAGAUCUCGUAGGUGUACGACUGGAAAUACAUGCGGUGUAAGAAAGAGUCUUGUUGUUUUCUUAGUAAUAAUAAAUUUAAAUUAGAUUUAAAUUUGGUUGCGCUGUAAUUAAAUAAAAAGAGAGUUCAAUUGACAAGCAAAUGUUAAUAUGUUUAAGUCAGGAGAAAAACCAUGCGCUAAAAACAAACGAACUUAAUUAUAACUUUUGAGGGUAAAAAGCAGCACAGCUAGUGCUCCGGGUUCUCAGCGCAAAACACAGUAAAGCGAUAUAAGCGCCAAUAACGAGGUCCUCAUUAAGACCGCAUUCAUGAAUCCAACAUUCCAUAGUUCUGUUCGUUGGCUGUUAAACUUACAGGCAUCUGUUUCUUCAGUACCGCAAUGGUAAUGAACUGAUGACUAGAUAACAUUUCAUGUAUGUUAGAACAGAAGCAUGUUUCAGUAUAUUUAUUUACACACACACACAUAUAU